AUGUUCAGCGCAGCGCUGCACCUAGCACGAAAAAUCCCGAGUCGUAUCUCAUUUGAGUACACUUCGCGCCGAAUGACGCUUCCGCUUCCUCAAUCGACCGUGCUUGCGCAGCAGAUUGACUACUCUCGAAUGCUGCCCAAGUUAUAUUCAGCAAACACCGGUCUACACAACGAUAUUUUGAAGUCCACCACGGAAGCAAUCAGCCAGCUGUCGGAGAUUGGGGUCAAGGUCAGUCUCAAGCUCCCGACUGAUGAAGACAGGGAUAUCACCACACGAGCACAUACCCUCGCACGCAAAGCAACAGAAGUGAACAGCGAAGUCAAUCCCCCACCAUGGGCGCAAGUCCAGCUCCGCGCGUCGGCAUUGCGAUGGGCUCGGGUGAAUACUAAUCAGCAACGGAAGGGCAACUUCCAGCUGCCCACCACUGGUCGGUUUACACGCCAGCUGGAUUCAGCUCUCCCGGGACCCCACACGAAGACGCUGUAUUAUAGCCUGGUUCGGGAGAAUGCAUCGAUACUAGCUCAACUCCGCACGGGACAUGCCAGACUGAAUGGAUAUCUUCACCGAAUCGGCAAGACCGAUAAUGAUAUAUGCGAAUGUGGCGCCGAGCGUGAAACAGUCCCACAUUUCUUGCUUCGAUGCACACGGUGGAAUGAACAGCGUUGCGUACUGACUGAAGCCGCGGGUCCGAGCCUCGGCAGUCUGUCGCAGAUGCAAGGAGGUAAAUGA